AGGUUUAGGUUUAGGCUUUAGGUUAGGUACUAGCAACAACAACAACAACCCCACAACAACAGGUGUUUUUUUUUUACAUAAGAAGAAUUAGAAUAUUAGAACUAUGUCCAUGUCAGUUCCGAUUCAUUCGUUAGAAGAGUUAAAAUCUUGGAAGAUCCCAACUUCUCAUGCGAAACUCGAGUUUCGUGAAAAAUGUUUUGCAGCUUGUGAAUCAGGUGGAAUUUUUCAGGACUGUCUUGUUAAAAAUGUUCCAAAAACUCUCGUCUGUCAUGAUAUGAAAGGGGGUUAUCUUGAUGACAGUCUGAUUGACGGAUGUUCAAACCAGGAAGCAUAUAACUUCAUCCAAUGGAGUAUUAUUGACAUUUUUGUCUAUUUUAGCCACCACUUCAUUACGAUUCCACCACCUUGCUGGAUACAUGGAGCACAUGUUCAUGGAGUGCCUAUUUUAGGUACUAUAAUUACAGAAUGGGAUGAGGGGGCUGCUACCUGUAAGCAAAUCUUUUCUUCUAAAGAUUCAGUUGAUGACUUUGUUAGUUCUCUAACUCAAUUAACACUACAUCAUAAUUUCGAUGGUUGGCUUAUUAACAUUGAAAAUCCGUUGGAGGAAGUAUCGAUAGAUAAUGUGAUAUACUUUCUCCGUCGUCUGAAACAAGAACUCGUUUUUGCCGGAAAUUGCGGUAAAAUAAUCUGGUAUGAUAGUGUUACGAAAGAAGGAAAACUCGAUUGGCAGAAUGAACUAAAUGAAAACAAUAAGGAUUUUUUCGAUGCAUGCGAUGGUAUCUUCCUGAAUUAUGUAUGGAAGCCUGAAAAUUUAAAGAAUUCAGCCUUAAUGGCUGGAGACAGAAUCUUUGAUGUCUUUGUCGGUAUUGAUGUCUUCGGUCGUAAUUGCUUUGGUGGUGGAGGAUUCAAUACGAAUGCAGCCCUUUCAGUUGUAAGGCAGGAAAGGCUUUCUGCUGCUAUUUUUGCACCUGGUUGGGUGUACGAGUGUCACCCUGUUGAAGAAUUUGAAAAUUUGAGUUUUAAAUUUUGGUCCCUUUUAUUUCCCUACUUGAAUGUGCAUGGACCCACCUCGCUUCCGAUUCGGACCAGUUUCUGCCCGGGUUAUGGUAAAAGUAAAUACUUCGGCGGUCAGUUGGUGGAGGAUAAGCCUUGGCACAAUAUCUCUAAACAGCAAUUACAACCAUGCUUAGCUGCUGUUCGUGGGCUAUUUGAUUUUGAAACGGAAAGAUUAGGGAUUUUCAAGUGUGGAUCCGAAAUUUCUAUUUUUGGUAAACAGAAUCUUUGUCUUACGGAUGCAUUUAACGGCGGAGGAUGCCUGAAUAUUGAAAGUCCUUGCGCUGCAAUAUUUCCAUUAUUCUUUUGCAAUAUCCCUGUCAAAAAGCUAGUGACUAUUGCAAUUGUCUUCAAAGGGGAUUACAAGGAGGAGCUGUCUGUUAACCUAAAAUUUACACAAUUUAGGACUUCCCACACAACCAACGUUUCCUGCCCUCUUACUUCUCAGAUGAAACAGUUUCCUACAACUUUGAAUGGUGAUGGAUGUCACUGUUCAUUUACAAUUUCAUCGGUGAACAUUGAUUGUAGAUGCGACGAAUUGGUAGGGAAUCUAUUCCGUUCCAUGCCCAAUUCAUCCAGCUGGGAGACGAGGUUAUUUAAAAUUUCGGUGAGCGACCAAACCGAAGAUUGCAUAUUUUUGAGAAGUAUUGCGCUUGAAAGCCAAGGUGAAACAGAGUGCAAGAUCGGUUAUUUAUGUUGCUUUUAAGUUUUUUUUAACACUGAUGUAAGAAGUGAAAUUCUGCCAGUCAAGCAGAGUAACACGUAGAAUAAUGUUCAGCACAGCAUUUAACACUGAUUCUAUCACAUAUAUAAAUAGUGCUUAAAUAAGAAAAUUAAUCAAUUAUUUUUAGAUUGCGGACCGUUUAAUUAAUUUAAGGUAUGCAUUCUAGACAAUGUACGGAAAAUCUAAACAUAUUUUUAAACGCCACAACACAUCGCCACCGACAACAACAAUCCAGCUAAAUCAAUAACUGCAAUAACGACAAAAAAUGAUAAAAUGUAUUCGGAUAUUGGCUCACUCAUUUUGGUGAUUUCCGACAGACAUCCCUAAAAAAAAGAAGUAGUAAGAGAGGAGAAGACAACGAUUAUUGUUAACAACUAACCUCGGUAUAGAUUUUCUGACUGAUUUCUUCCCAUUUCCAUAAUUGGAUUGUUUGUCCUUUUAGCAUAUCGUGACAAGCUUCUCUGUGUUCAGGUACACAGCAUGAAGUUGUCACGGUUUCUUUUUCAGCUUGGAGAUAGGUCAAAUUGUAAAAGGCGUGAAUUCCGCAGCAAUUUAGCUUGCUUCGGAUUUCAUCCACACGAAUUUUUGAAGUUUUAUUGUGGUGAUAAUUAGAAAUGUUUUCCUUCAGAGAAUUUUCGGUUAUUUUGGAAAAGCGAAGAACCAUUAUUCCUCCCACAAUUACGAAUCCAAGAUUUAGUAAUACGAAAACCAGGUACUGAAGGCGAGCAGUGCGAUGCAAUCAUUCAUCGUAGCGAAAUAUUCCAUUUAGUCAAAGGAGAAAGAAAAUUACUCUAAAAUCUUUUUUUGUUUUUUUUUUUUUAUACAAACACGAGCUUACGCAAGAUAUCAGGCAUUUUUUCUCGCCAAAGGCACCACACAUCCCGAAUAGGCUAAGAAAUAUGAGUAGACCGCUGACGGCAAUUGCAACCACGAUGUUCAUAACCAUAUAUUUGUCGUUUACCACCAAAAAUUUCUGUUUGUCUGAUCCUUUUGCAAAUUCUUGACGUUGUACAAGUGACGACGCCGACAAGGAGAUUAAUACAAUGCCGCUCAACUGCA